UCUCCCUCAGGUAAAGCGUACUUUGUGUGUGACCACCAGCGCUCCAUGUUCCUCUUCCUGUGCGCUCUGAAUCGGACCUGCAGCCUCACCGGUUACCCCUGCUCGUCCUACAGCGACUUCCUGGAGGGCCGCUGCCUGCAGUGUGAGGCCUUCAAACCCGCACCCUGCCCCGUGCUCGGGUAUGAUAUGAGUCAGUGGAGAGACACGCUGCUGAAGCUGGGGCAGACCAGAGCCUUCUUCAGCACCAGCAGCACGCUGCCCUACAGGAGUGAGUCUUAAAAACAUCAUGCACCAAGCGCACUCACUUAAAAAAUA